AUGUCCUCUGCAUUAAUUUAUUUAGAUGUUACUGCGGCCGAGGAAAACUUCACUAUAUACCAGAAGGCUUUUACUCAGCAGCACUUGUCUGACUAUUAUAGAUUUGAUGCCAAGCUUUCAACCGAUGAGAACUUGUCGAAUUUAGCAUUUUCCUCGUUAAAAGAAGAUUUAACGAUUCCUCAUUUAUACAUUUACAAGAAUAUAUUCUUGGACUGUUGCUCUAGAUGGAUUUUGCAACACGACUCCAAGAAGUUUGUCACGGUAUUACACGCAUUGGGCAGAAUUGCAAGUUUAUAUCCGGAAGCUUCGCAAUUGAUCGAAGUGUUCUUGCUCAGAAAUGGUGACUACUUUAACGCAUUGUUACAAACUUACCAAGCUCAUGAUCCAAAGGACAUCGAGUUGAUCCUUUUGGCUUAUUAUCGAUUGAUUCAGUAUGACAAGAUCAGAUUUGAGAGAUAUAUCAAUGCUCAAACUCUUAAUUCACUUUUGGCACACCAAUCUACAAUCAUCAAAUUUUUGUCAUUAAAAGUUCUUAAUAUGCUUAUUGAAAUGGCAGAGCACGCCUGUGAACUUGUGGUCCAAAAUCAACUUAAACUGUCAACUGAACCUAUCUUAAGUGUAUUUGAAGGUGCUUCCGAUGUAGAUUAUCAAUUUUUGGAACUUACUGAAGCUAAAAGGCUCUCAAAUUACCAUAGUCUACCAAAUGAAAUCAAUGAACUUGUUUCUUAUCCAAAGAACUUCAGACCAACUGGAAAAUCGUUCAACAUCGAUAUCAAUGAACUUUCGUCGUUGAUUGUUGAAGUAUGUGGUGUAUUUAUUGCCAGAAUCUCCGAAGCACCUUCUAAUGAAGAACAUCUAAAGUCAGAUCUAGUAUAUACGGAUGGUGCCAAGUUGGCCUUACAAAAAUUGGCCGAAGGUAUUCAGCGCAACAAGCCUGUAAUGCUUGUGGGUAAGGCUGGAUCAGGUAAAACAUUUUUGAUCAAUGAGCUUUCAAAAAAAAUGAACUGCGAUAGUUCUGUUGUCAAAAUUCAUUUAGGUGAACAAACUGAUGCUAAACUACUUUUGGGUACAUAUACAUCAGGUGAAAAACCCGGUUCUUUUGAAUGGAGAUCCGGUGUUCUCACAACAGCAGUUAAAGAGGGACGAUGGGUACUUAUCGAGGAUAUCAACAAAGCGCCAACCGAAGUCUUGUCUGUUCUUCUUACCCUUCUUGAAAAAAGAGAAAUAUCCAUUCCAUCUAGAGGUGAAGUCAUCAAAGCUGCCAACGGUUUCCAGUUAUUAGCAACAAUAAGACUAGACGAGCACACCUCCCAUGGUGGCAUUACGCAUGAGUCUGACCUGAUUGGUAUGAGAUUAUGGGAGAAAAUCCUUGUAGAUGAGCCGUCUGAAGACGAUUUGAAGCUUAUUCUACAAAAAAGGUUUUCUUUGUUAACUGCCUUAAUACCGAAACUUAUCAGCACCUACAAAUCUGUGAAAGAUAUUUACAGAAAUCCACAAUUUGUUUCAUUGAACAAAGGUGUUCAACCAAGAAUCAUUAGUGUUCGAGAUUUAGUUAAACUAAGUCAGAGAAUCACCGAACUUUUUGAAGCUAAUCAAGUUGUUAAACCGGAUCAACUUAUCGAGUCGUCUAUCUAUGAUGAUAUUUUUGCUGAAGCUGUCGAUUGUUUUGUUGGUUCGAUUAGUGAAUAUGGAGCCGUACAGCCCUUAGUACAGAAAAUUGGAGAAGAGCUUGAAGUUUCAGUUUCCAGAAUCACGUUGUUCUUGAACAAGCAUGUACCGGCAAUCGAAAAAGCUGGUGAUGAUGUGAAAAUUGGAAGAGCUCACCUAAGAAGACCCAAGUCAACUAUUCAUAAAAAAAGUGCCAACACUACAUCGUUUGCGUUUACCAAUCAUUCUCUUCGUUUAAUGGAACAAAUUGGUGUUGCCGUCAAAAUGUGUGAACCAACAUUAUUAGUCGGUGAGACCGGUACUGGUAAAACUACUGUAGUUCAAGAGUUAGCAAAGCUAAUGAAUAAGAAUUUGACGGUUAUUAACGUUUCCCAGCAGACUGAGAGCGGUGAUCUAUUAGGUGGUUACAAGCCUGUGAAUUGUAGGACUGUCGCAAUUCCAAUUCUAGAAGAUUUUGAGGGGCUUUUCCUUGCUACAUUCUCUUUGAAGAAGAACGAGAAGUUCUAUAAACUCCUCCAUAAGUGCUUCUCCAAGGGGCAAUGGAAGAACGUCGCUAAACUUUGGAAAGAAGCUAUUAAAAUGGCUGAUAGCAUUCUAAAAAAGGACUCAAAUGAGAAAGAGGAAGCUGACAAGAAAAAAAAGCGUAAACUCGACCCUGAGAGUAAACAAGCUUUAUUGGAAAAAUGGAAGGAAUUCAGACAAACAGUUGAAUCAUUUGAAUUACAAUCCUCUACUUUGGAAAACUCGUUUGUGUUUAAUUUUGUGGAAGGUUCUUUGGUGAAGGCUGUCAGAAAUGGAGAAUGGUUGUUAUUGGAUGAAGUCAACUUGGCCUCGGCAGACACGCUUGAAAACAUAGCUGAUUUGCUUUCAGAAAGUGACUCUAGAAGUAUACUUCUAUCUGAAAAAGGUGAGGCAGAAUCGAUAAAAGCCCAUCCAGAUUUCAGAAUUUUCGCUUGUAUGAACCCUGCUACAGAUGUCGGUAAGAGAGAUUUACCACCAGGUAUUCGAUCAAGAUUUACCGAAGUUUAUGUUCAUUCUCCUGACCGUGACAUCUCUGAUCUAUUGUCUAUCAUUGACAAGUACAUUUCAAAGUAUAGCGUAAGCGACGAAUGGGUUGGUAACGACAUCGCUGAACUUUAUUUAGAAGCAAAAAGGCUUGCAGAAGCUAAUAAGAUUGUCGAUGGUUCCAAUCAAAGACCCCAUUUCAGCAUCCGUACAUUGACCAGAACAUUACUUUAUGUCACGGACAUUGUACAUAUUUAUGGCCUAAGACGAUCUUUGUACGAAGGAUUUUGUAUGGCAUUUUUAACACUGUUGAAUCUACCAUCAGAGGAAUUAUUAAGGGGGAUUAUAGAGAAAUUCAUCCUAGGUAGAAUAAAAAAUCCACAUUCUGUCAUGUCUCAAAUUCCUCCUUCUCCAGGUACUAAUUAUGUUCAGUUCAGACAUUAUUGGAUGAAACAAGGACCUGCUGAUAUUACACCACAACCUCAUUAUAUCAUUACGCCAUUUGUAGAAAAGAACAUGUUGAACCUUGUUAGGGCUACUUCUGGCAGACGUUUUCCUGUUUUAAUUCAAGGACCUACUUCUGCAGGUAAGACUUCUAUGAUCAAGUACCUUGCCGACAUAACCGGUCAUAAAUUUGUGCGGAUCAAUAAUCACGAGCAUACUGACUUACAAGAGUAUCUUGGUACUUAUGUGACAGAUGACACUGGAAAACUUUCUUUUAAAGAAGGUGUGUUGGUUGAAGCUUUGAAGAAAGGUUAUUGGAUUGUUUUAGAUGAGUUAAACUUGGCUCCUACUGAUGUUUUGGAGGCACUUAAUAGACUUCUUGAUGACAAUAGAGAAUUAUUUAUUCCCGAGACUCAGGAAGUUGUUCAUCCACAUCCUGAUUUUAUGCUUUUUGCAACACAAAAUCCAGCAGGCAUUUAUGGUGGACGUAAAGUGUUAUCCAGAGCAUUCAGAAAUCGUUUCCUUGAAUUACAUUUUGAUGAUAUUCCACAGGACGAGCUUGAGAUCAUUCUUAAACAACGGUGUGAAAUUGCUCCAUCUUAUGCCAAAAAAAUUGUCGAAGUCUAUCGUCAAUUGUCCGUAAACCGCUCGGCCAAUAGACUUUUCGAACAGAAAAAUUCAUUUGCAACACUUCGUGAUUUAUUCAGAUGGGCGCUAAGACCUGCUGUCGGUUACGAAGAGCUUGCUGCUAAUGGUUACAUGCUACUUGCCGAAAGAUGUAGGUCAUCGGAGGAAAAAGAAGUUGUUAAAAGAGUUCUUGAAACCGUUAUGAAAGUAAAACUAGAUAUGGACCAAUAUUACACCAGUUUAGAAGACCCAGCUUUAUUGAAUUUGAACACAGAUGUAGUGUGGACCAAGGGAAUGAAAAGGCUUGCCGUUCUUGUCAACAGCUGCUUAAAAAAUAAUGAACCUGUUUUACUUGUUGGUGAGACUGGAUGUGGUAAGACUACUAUAUUUCAACUAAUUUCCAACUACUAUAAAAAAGAACUUAUUACAAUAAAUGCCCAUCAAAACACCGAAACUGGUGAUAUUUUAGGAGCUCAAAGACCUGUUCGGAAAAGAUCUGAAAUUCAAUCCGCCUUGACCUCAAUUCUGCAGAAGGUUUUAAAAGUGGUAGAUGUAGAUGUUACGCUGGAAGAACUCUUAUCCGCCUACGAUAAGCAAACCAAAGAAGAUGUACCUCCAGAUGUACAAGCGGAAAUCACCUCUUUAAGGGAUUCACUCAAAAUUCUAUUUGAAUGGUGUGAUGGUCCUUUAGUUAAUGCUUUAAAGUCUGGGAGCUUCUUCCUAUUUGACGAAAUAUCGUUGGCAGACGAUUCCGUUUUAGAAAGGUUGAAUAGUGUCUUAGAACCCGAACGUAGCUUAUUAUUGGCAGAAAAGGGGACGGUUGAUUCUUUCAUUACGGCAGCUGAUGGUUUCCAAUUUUUUGCUACCAUGAAUCCGGGAGGAGAUUAUGGUAAGAAAGAACUCUCUCCUGCCUUAAAAAAUCGUUUCACCGAGAUCUGGGUACCUUCUAUGGAAGACUUUAAAGAUGUGGAGAUUAUUGUUUCUUCCAGAUUGAAGCAAAAUCAGAAAAACCUCCCAGAAAUUAUUGUCAAGUUCUCAGAGUGGUUUGCCAAACACUUCGGUGCUGGCAAAACUAACACUGGUGUCAUCUCUCUCAGAGAUAUUCUUGCAUGGGUAGAUUUCAUCAACGCAACUAUGGCUGAACUGCAAGACUCUAAAAUCUGCUUAUAUCAUGGUGCUGCGAUGGUUUUCAUUGAUGCAUUGGGUACCAACAAUACUGCUCACUUAGCCGCCAAUGAGACGUGGCUUAAGGAACAAAAGUUGGAAUGCGUCCGUAUGCUAUCUAAACUUGCUGGCUGUGACUUAACGCCACUCUUUGAUGAAAAAGUAGAUGUUAUUGUAACGGAGGAUAGGCUGCAAUCUGGAAGAUUCAGCUUGAGCAGGUCAACAGGCUCAAUCUCGAAUGGAUCUUUCACUGUAAAUGCGCCAACCACAUCUAUGAACAUGAUGAGAGUAGUUAGGGCCUUAAACGUCCGCAAACCUAUUCUUUUAGAGGGAAGUCCCGGUGUCGGUAAAACCAGUUUGGUUUCGGCCUUAGCUGAGUACACAGGAAAUACUUUGACCAGAAUAAAUUUGUCAGAACAGACAGAUCUAGUUGAUCUAUUCGGAUUUGAUGCACCAGGUGAAAGGACUGGUGAAUUUGUUUGGAGAGAUGCGCCUUUCCUAAGAGCCAUGCAAAAGGGUGAAUGGGUCUUGUUGGAUGAAAUGAAUUUGGCUUCGCAAUCAGUUUUAGAAGGGUUAAAUGCUUGUCUAGAUCAUCGUGGGGAAGCCUAUAUACCAGAGCUAGACAAAGUUUUUACUCGUCACCCUAAUUUCUUGGUUUUUGCCGCUCAAAAUCCGCAAUACCAAGGUGGUGGCAGAAAGGGUUUACCAAAGUCCUUUGUUAAUCGUUUCAGUGUCGUUUAUGUUGAUAUGCUAACAGCUGAAGAUCUAUUAUUGAUUGCGACUCAUAUGUACCCCAAUGUUGACUCUGAGGUCUGUGCUAAAAUGAUUCAAAUGAUGUCUAAACUAGAGGAAGACGUUAGUAACAGAAGACUUUGGGGAAGUGCUGGUUCGCCAUGGGAGUUUAACCUUAGAGACACUUUGAGGUGGUUAAAACUUUUGAAUUCCGCAUCAAUUUGUGACGAUAUCAACGCAGCAGAUUUCUUGGAAAUGAUUGUAAAACAAAGAUUUAGAACAGAAGAAGACCAGUUUGAAGCCAUGAAAUUAAUACAUGAAAUUUUUGGAGAAAUUACGAGUAGAGAUAAAUUGUUUAAAGUCGGAAGUUCUUAUUUGCAAGUGAAUGCCGAAGUAAUUGAUAGGAAUCCAGUGAUUCAAUUCAAUUCACUCCGUAACCUGGUUCCUUUGCAAUGUAAUUUCAACGUAUACGAAUCAGUACUAAGGUGUGUCAAACACAACUGGCCGUUGAUAUUGGUAGGACCGACGAAUGCAGGUAAAACUGACAUGGUGAAAUUGAUAGCGUCAAUCAUUGGUAAGAAGACAAUUGAAUUUUCGAUGAAUAGCGAUGUUGAUAGCAUGGAUAUUCUUGGUGGAUAUGAACAACUUGAUUUGAACAGAAAAGUUGCGAACAUCAUUCAGAAACUUUCUGAAAUCUUGCAACAACUAAUUACCAUCAAUCUUUCCACAGGAACAGAUACUGAAGCACUUUCUCCAGCAUUUGCUUUGUAUGAUUUUAUUAAGAAAUCAUCAGUGUCUUCCUUUAAUUUCACUGACUUUGUCCACUUAUUCCAAAAGUUCUAUUCCUUAACUCAAGUGCAUUCUACGAUAGACGAAAUUAAUAUGGAAAUUCAAGAUUUGAGCGAGCACAUGAAAAAGCCUGCAGCCGUGAAAUUUGAAUGGUUUGACGGUAUGCUAGUCAAGGCUGUGGAGGAGGGUCAUUGGUUGAUUUUAGACAAUGCCAAUCUUUGCUCUCCAUCAGUUCUCGAUAGAAUCAAUUCACUAUUAGAAACAGAUGGUUCUUUGAUGAUAAACGAAUGUAGUUUGACCGAUGGAAAACCCAGAGUGGUAAAGCCACAUCGCGAUUUUAGAUUAUUCUUAACUAUGGAUCCUAAAUUUGGAGAACUUUCAAGAGCUAUGAGAAAUAGAGGAAUAGAGGUUUUCAUCAAUGCUCUUCCUGUUCGAGCAUCGACUCAAGAUAGAAAAAUCCUAGGAAUCGAGUGCUCGUCACAAGUUGGGACUGAAAGCGAAGUUGAAGCAAGACUACGCUCUUUACAACUGGAUGCUACUUCAAUGUCAAAGAUACCGUUAUCAGCAUUCAUUUCCCCAAGAUUAUCAAAGCUUCAAUCUCUUGUUGCCUUACACGACAUGUCCUUGCUUGGAGAAGUUUCUCCAUACUUGAUGUCGACUAUUAAUAUGAACGCAAUCUACCUAUUAAAUGACUGGAAUAGAAAUGUGCGCAACUCACAACUAUUCGAUGAGGUAGAUUUCUGUGAUGCAGUAACUCUCAUGACAAAUUUCAUUACAGAAUCAGGGGUCUUUUCUGAAGUUGAGGCAAUUUAUUCUCCGUUAAAUCGCAUUGUUCAGAAUACCCUCUCUAAUGGUAAAGAGUUCUGUUAUAGCCAAAGCUUAAUUCCAACUUUGAAUUCGUACAUUGCAGCCACUGUAAAACAGAAUUCACCUCUAUCAUUGACUUCUGAAUCCGUAUAUUUCUUCUCGUUAAUCUGGUACGUGUUAGAGGCAAAAGGGAAAUUGGACUUCGCACAAAAGAAGGCAGUUAAUGGUAAAAUCAAUGAACUAUCUUAUUUGGAACUUUCCACAGCGGUAGCUUUCGGACGUAACGUAAAGAAUGUACCACAUAUCGAAGUUUACAAACUAUUGAAAAGCUUGAUAGAGUUUGCUUUGCAUUCAAUCAAGAACAUUCCAUUGUUCUCAGUCGAAAAGAUGUAUAAUUCUCUAUUCCAACUUUACAUCUUGUGGAUUGGAGCUUAUUCAUGUUCAAAGGACAGAGACGAGACAAAACUACGAGUAUAUCAAGAAUUGUUCACAAAAUGGGCUUCAAUGUCAUGUUCGAUUCUACCUGAUAUUAACCAAGUACAAGAAUUACUUGAUGAAAUAGCUCAACCAGCUGUUUUGAAAACUGGUAAUUCAAUGGAUAUGAUAUGGGAGGAAGUAAGAAGAGCUUAUCCAUUGACUGCAGAAACCUGGGAUAUUUUGAAGCAAUUUGAGUCAUUAUCGGGUGACUUUGACCAGAUGGUGAAGAAACAAUUUUUUGACUCUUACCCUCUAAUUAGUCAGUUGUCAGAAACAUUUAAUGCCCUUUUCAUGGACAUUUUAAACAACAAUACAGCAGAAUCUGAAAACAUUUUAGAGAAGCUCAAGGAGGGGAUUUCAACUCUCAAUACCAUUUCGUCUACAUUUUUGAUCAAAAGGAAACACUAUUUUGAGGAUGAAUUCACGUCAUUAUUGAGAUUUUUAGUGAAUGACUUCGAGGAGACCAAGAAAACCAUUUAUGCCAUAUUACCCAACUCUUCUGUCGCUAGCAUGGAUCUCAUCAAACUGGAAUCCGUUGGGACUCUGUACCCUCCCAUUUUCAGCUUACUUUGGAAGAAGGAGAAUGGGAAAUUUGUUUCACAUACAAAGGCUGUUUUCAGCCCUGUACUAAUUGAGAACAUCUUAAUUAAGUCUAACGAUUUUUACGAAUUCUCAGGAGGCCAAAUUGAACAGACGUUGCGAGAUGGCAGGGUUUUGACCGAAUCAAUAAUCAAGUCUUCUAAGUACAUUUUACAAGACCAAUAUGCAAUAUUCUCCGCAAUUCUCAAAGAUUGGGUUUUGAAGAUUAUUGCAGUGCAUUUGAAGGUAAGCUCGCUCGAUUUGUACUCUCUUUCAAUUAAAGAACUUGAAGCUGAAGUUGCCACGUCAGAAUGUACUUGGUUCAAACCAGUAUUUGCUAAAUAUUUAGGUGCAUCACUGUUUUUGAUUGACAGUUCUAGAAGCCUACAAAAUUUGGGUAAAGCAUGGGUGUUGUUUGCUGUUGGUCUUCUGCAGUUAUAUGUCCCAAGUUCUCCGUACGAUCCUGCUAUUCGAGACUACGUCAUUUAUGACAAUUAUGUUGCUCACAAAAGCCUCACUGAAUCGAUAAUACACAAUUGGAAGUGUGCUGGCUCAGUAUUAUUUGGUGAUGUCGAUAGUUAUACUCAAAAAUUAGUCCCAGAAGUCAGUUCCGACGAUGAACCAAAGAAGCCCAGAGUCUUCCGUCCUAAUCACUCGAUUGAUUCGUUAUUUGAUGAAUGGUCAGCAUUCAUGCUGUCAACAGUGGAUGUAACUCCAGUAAUCUCCUUACUUGAAUCUUCUACUGAGUACAACUCAAUCUCUGAUAGUAGGUUCAAAAUGUUCGAACAGAACACGUCUCAAUUCCUUUCUAGACUCUCAUCAACAUAUGAAGUUUAUUCGGAUAUCAACGACAUCUUCGCAGGUUACGUGUAUGCCAUGAAAUUUGGGUUCAAUGUUAUUUCUCUUGGUGCAGAAAAUGAAUCACAAGAAUUAGACAUCUCUCCAUUAUUUACAGUGGAUUGCUUAGCGGUUACCAGAGAAAAAUCUAUUUUGAGCCACUUUUCUAGGCUUAAUAAAUUCCUCAAAAACCAAAAUGUUGGCUCUCACGAUGUGGAGGAGAUUUUAAUUCAUUUCUUGAAUUUAUGUUAUGCCCACAAAGAUAGUGAAAGCAUGAUUGAUAGUUUGAAUGAAAUCCUACAGCCACUAUAUUAUAGAUGGUCAUUGCGAAGAAUGAAAAGUGAGCAAGAAGCAGAGCAAAAGAACAGCCUUUUUAAGUUCAAUGACAAUUCAGAUGACAUUGAGGCCGAAUUUAAGGCAAUGUUCCCAGAUUACGAAGAUUCAGUUUCACUCGAUUCUCCUGUUGAGGAAUCAUCAGCCACAUCUUUAAUCGAUACGUACUACGAGAUCGCUAAAAUUUACAUUGAAAUAUUCGAGGACGCUUCAAAUGUUUCCUUGAGUCAAGUGAUGAGAAAAGGAUCUGAAACUUCUGUUAUUUUGCUACGAAGUUGCUCUGAUUUCAAGCUAUAUAACUUGAACGAAUCAAUGGUUCUUGCUGCCAUCAAGACUUUGUCUGAGAAAACUAAUUCUUUCAAAGAUUCUAGCAACACUGAAAUAUUUGACUUUUACAGAGGCACUUCGAGAAUUGAAACCAAAAAGGCACAGCAUGUAAUCCAAGGUUUGUGGAACAAUGUCAACACUUUACUCAAAGAAUGGCCCGAGCAUGCAACGUUGCGGGAUCUUUUCCGCGUCUGUAAAGAAUUUAUUUCUUAUCCUGUUUCAACACCAAUGGCAAGACUCUUGCAGAAAAUAGAGCAAAUUUACACCUUCGUGGUGGAGUGGCAAAAGUAUGCAUCUUCUAAAGUCUCCCUACAGGCUCACGUUGACUCAAUAACUAAUCUCAUAGUUUCUUGGAGAAGGUUGGAACUACACACUUGGAAGGCUUUAUUCCAAAUGGAGGAUAUGAACAGUACAAAGACCAUUGGAAAUUGGUGGUUCUAUCUUUUCGAAACGAUUAUAGUGGGAACAGAAAAUGCCAAUAUUGACGUUUCUGAGAGAUCUGGUUCCCUUCUUUCUGCUUUGAAUGUUUUCUUCAGUAAAAGCACUUUGGGAGAAUUCGCAAAUCGUCUAAGACUUGUAAAAGCAUUCUGCAAACAUGUUUCAGUGAUGCAUGGAAAGACAUCAAUAAUUUCACAAGCCCUCCAAAAUAUCAUCUCCUUCUAUGAGCAGUUUACUUCUGUUGUUAACGACAAAAUAAAAACAGGAAAAAAGCUUCUUGAAAAAGAGAUAUCAGAGGUGAUUCUUUUGGCAAGUUGGAAGGAUGUGAAUAUCGAUGCUUUGAAGCAAAGCUCUCGCCGGUCUCACAAUAGUUUGUUCAAGAUUGUUCGCAAAUAUAGAACGCUACUUUCCGAACCCUUAACUUCUAUGAUCGAAAGCGGAAUAGAUUCCGCUCUGCCAGUAACUAAACAAUUUGAAAGAGUAACAAUCUCCCACUUCAGGUCUAUCGAUGUUUCUGGGGCCAAAUCUAUUGUCACAAAUAUUCCGGGAUGGGAAAGUAGAUCAAAAUCUUUAAAAGAUAUCUACAUCACACAGAAGAAUCUUUCUAUUUAUAUUUCCAAAAUCACGAAUCAAAAUUACCCAGAUUUGUUAGAGUAUGCCCUUUACAUCUCAAAAGAAGCGAAAAGGCUUCGUGAAGAAACCCCUACAGUCUACAAAAAGGAAAAGAAGAAAUUAUUGGCUACCUUGAAGACCCAAAAGAGUAAAUUACUCAGUGACUCCUUAAAGGAGCUCAAAAGAAUUGGUUUGAAAUCAAACUUUAGAGAAGAUAUUAGAAAAAUCCAACAAAGUGUUGUAUCAGUGUUGACGAACUCAAAAUCAUUUAGAGAAACCGCGAUAGAUUCUUCUGAUGUCUAUUUCUUUAGAAUUUUGGACCUGCUUCCACGAUUGAAAAAUGCAAUUGCUUUCCCAACAGACGAUAUUCCAGUGUCCUACUUGGAAAAAGGUAUGGCCAUGACCGAGAACUUAAUUUUUUCGUUGAUUGCCAGCAGACAACCGCUCUCUAUAUUUGUGCACACUUAUAGUAAAAUUGAAUCCCUGAGAUUAGACCUUGAGAGUGUUUCCCUGGAUUGCCAUGUUUUGAAACAUUUCGAUCUAUCUUAUAAUUUUGGAACGUUCAGGCACAUAUGUAAGUGGUUGCCUCAAUUGAUCGAUUACAUUCUUGAGUACGUGGAAGACAGUACAGCUCAUGAGGUUCCAAGAUCCACUGUUUCAUAUUUAUACUCGUCUAAACAGAAACUUCUAGAUUUCUUAGCACAAUCUGAAAUGUUUAGGAUAUACAGUGAUACCACUGAAAACAUAUUGGAAAACUUCAAUGCCUUCCUUAAGGAAUUUAUUUCUGCUAUAUCAGCUAUGAAUGGUACAAACUCAUUCUUUGUGUAUGAUCUUUUGGAAUCAUGGCUUCAACAAGCUCUUUCUCAUGGAGAUGUUAUCUUUGAUACUAUUGACCCUUCGCUGGAAGAACUUGAUGGAAAAUUACGCCGGAUCAGUACUGCCAUUUUAAUUUCUGUCCAAAAACUAGUUGAAAACAAUACUACUCCCAUAUCUGAAGAGGAUGAUAAAUGGCUAAUCGAGCUUAAUAGAAGAAUUGUCUCAAAUAUCAAGAUUGCUAACUGCAACAAGAUCUUUGCUUUGAUUGAUGAUCUUGUCACUACAAUUAAGUCAACGUCAUUUACGGCAGAAUCAUCUCCAAUGGUUGCUGCAGCUGUUUCAUUUACCAUGCCAUUUAUCAAUCACUAUUUCAGCAUGUUGAAUGACAUUUUGAAUACAACUUCAGAGAAUUAUUUCAAAUUUAGCAAAUCGACUUAUAUCUUCUCGAAUAUGCUAUACAAUCUCGCUAAAGAUGGAUUCUGUUCUCCAGAGCCUCCUUCAGAAGAGACCGAAGAUAACAAUUUGCAGGAGGGUACAGGUCUUGGAGAUGGAGAUGGAGCUCAAAAUAAUAGCAAAGAUGUUGAAGAAGAUGAGGAUUUGUUAGAAGAUGCUCAACAACCGAACAAGGAUCAACGAAAUGACAGCGACGAAGACGACGAAGAAAAAGAAGAUGAUGCUGUUGAAAUGGAAGGCGAUAUUGCCGGAGACCUUGAAAAUGCAUCUGAUCAAGAAAACGAAGAAGAAGAUGAUAACAACGAGGACGAUGAAGACGAGCUAGAUGAAGAGAUUGAUAAUCUUGACGAGGAUGAUCCUAAUGCAUUGGAUGAAAAGAUGUGGGAAGAGGAAGCUGAAGAUGAUUCUAAAGAGAAGGAUUCCGAGAACAUGCCUGAAAAAUCUAAUGCCGAUGAUGUACAAGCAUCAGAGGAACAAGCAGAAGAUGAUGUCAAGCCGGAAGACCACCAACAAAACCAAGAAACUGAUGAAAUGGAAACUGAAGAAAAAGAUAACGAUGAUGACGGUGAAGAGCAAGAAGAAGAGGAAGAAGAUGUUGGAGAACAAGAAGAUGAAGUUAGAAAUGAUGAAAACGAGAAUCUCGAAAAUAACGUCCCGGAAGUAGAAACAAUGGACCUACCAGAGGACAUGAAUUUGGAUUCUGACAAAGAUAAUGAAGAAGAUGGCUCUGAAGAAGAAGAAGAAGAUUUCGAGGAUAAAAUGGAGGUAGAUGAGGAGGAAGAAGAAGGUAAGCAGCCAGAAAAUACAGAAAAUGAACAAACGAACAUUGAUGAAGAAUCUGACGCUGAUGAAAACCGCGAAUCAGAUGAAGACGUUGAUAUGGAUGGAGAUGAUAAUAGUGAAACCGAAGAGGCUCUUGAUAAAGAGGAUGAUACAGAGAAACCAGAUAUCAAAGAAGAAGCAAUAGCAGAUUCAGACAGUGAACUUGAAAACCCGCAAGAUGAACCAAAACAAGAAGGAGGUGAAGAUGAAAAGGGUGAAGAUGUAGAGGGCCUCGACGGAUUAGAGGGUGUAGAAGAUGACAAAGAUCAAAUAAAUACAGAUGCUGCUGUCGAACAAGAUUCGGGUGCAAAGGGUGAAGGCUCUAAUGCAGCUGAUUCUGAAGAACAACAAGAUAUUGGUAGUUCUGGUAACGCGCAAUCGCAAAGCCAGGAAAACAAUCAGGAAGAAAUCACAGAUACAUCUCGUAAAGACGCGCAAGAAAGCUUAAAGCAAUUAGGUGAUUCAUUGAAAGAAUUCCACAGACGCCAUCAAGAAAUCAAAGAGGCUUCCACCAAUUCUGAAGAGCAACAGCCUGAAGGCUCCAACCAGAAACCUGACGAAUUUGAACAUGUCGACGGUGCCAAUACCGAGACUGAUACGCAAGCGUUGGGAUCUGCUGAUAAAGAUCAAUUAACUGGGUUCGAUGAGGACCUAGCCAUUGAUGAAGAUUCAAACGAAGAAAAAGCUGAACCUGAAAAUGAGAAUGAUGAAGAUCAGAAACACCCAACUGAUGUGAUGGACAUCGAUGAACCGGAAGUACAAAACGGUGAUAUUGAUAAUGAAGAGAAUAACGGGAAAAGCAAGGGAGCUUUCAUUGGUGAAAGAAAUGCUCUUGAGAACUCUGGCGCUUUAUGGGAUCAAAACGACAUUGUUUCUGACGAAAACGAUAUCGACCAAAUCUUAAAUGAAGUAGACAACGAAGUAUCAGAAGAAAAUUCUGUUGCUGUGGCCCCAAGACCAUUCGACGAAGCCCGUGAACUAUGGAAGAGAAGUGAACAAGAAACGAACGAGUUGGCAGCCGGUUUAAGUGAACAGCUACGUUUGAUUCUUGAGCCUACUCUUGCCACAAAGUUGAAGGGUGAUUACAAAACUGGUAAAAGGUUGAAUAUGAAGAGAAUUAUUCCAUAUAUUGCUUCACAGUACCGUAAGGACAAGAUUUGGUUAAGAAGAACAAAACCAAGUAAGCGUCAAUAUCAAAUCAUGAUUGCAGUAGACGAUUCCAAAUCUAUGAGCGAAUCAAAAUCUGUCAAUUUGGCUUUCCAAAGUAUCUGUUUAGUCUCUAAGGCUUUAACUCAACUUGAAUCCGGUGGUUUAUCUAUCGUGAAAUUCGGUGAAACUGUAAGAGAAGUUCACCCAUUCAACCAACCUUUCAAUACCCAAACUGGUGCUCAGACUUUCCAAUGGUUUGAUUUCCAAGAAACAAGAACCGAUGUCAAGAAAUUGGUAGCUGAAAGUAUCAAGAUCUUUGAAAGAGCAAGAGCUAUGGAGAGUAACGACCUAUGGCAAUUGGAAAUUAUCAUCUCCGAUGGUGUUUGUGAAGACCACGAAACAUUAGUAAGAUUGGUUCGCAGAGCAAGGGAAAAUAAAAUCAUGCUCGUUUUCGUUGUCAUCGAUGGUAUUAACUCUAACGAAUCAAUCAUGGAUAUGUCUCAAGUGAACUAUAUUCCAGAUCAAUUCGGCAACAUGAAACUAUCAGUCCAGAAAUACCUAGACACAUUCCCAUUCGAAUUCUACGUUGUCGUUCAUGACAUUACCGAACUCCCAGAAAUGUUAUCCAUUAUCUUAAGACAGUAUUUCUCAGAGAUGGCAUCCAUGUAG